AUGGGUAUAGUGACAUUCAAGGAUGUGGCUGUGGACUUCACCCAGGAGGAGUGGAGCCUCUUGGACCAUCCUCAGAAGGCGUUGUACAAGGGGGUCAUGCUGGAGAAUGCCUGGAACCUACUAUCCCUGGGGCUUCCAGUUCCCAGAGAAGAUGUGGUCUCUUAUUUUGAGCAAAAGGAAGCACCAUGGAUGCUGGAGCAAGAAAGCCUGAGGAGCUGCUGUCUAGGAGCACAUGAGUUGGAGUGAAGGCUGCUGUCUUACUUAGAAGUCGUGUGAGGCUGAGCUAUACAUAAAUCAUUAGCCCAAGUCCCUUUCCUGAUCUCUAUGGCUCAAUCUCUGUCUGAUUCUUGGAGACUCAUUGACCAAGUUCAUGUAGUGACUAUGACCUCAGUUUAGGGAGCUGGGAGGUAGAGACUUGAAGGUGUCCCAUGGUAUAAGACCCUUCAGGAGCCUAAAAGGGAGCAUCUGUGAUCUUCAAUGUUGGGUCUGGUCAGGUUCCAUCAGAGUUAGAACCUAAUGCAAGAAAGAGACAGAACUAUGACUGAAGCCAGAACAUGCGUUUGAUAAUUCAGAGAGAGGCCAGAAUGCAGGGAUUGAAGUAGAGGUUAGGGUCUGCUGUCAGCCCUCUGCCCAGUCAAGCAAUCAAUAAACACUGAUUAAGCACCUUGUGUUUUAAGCACUGUGCUAAGCUCUAAGGGUACAAAGAAAGGUAAAAGAAAGUCUCUGCUAUCAGGGAGCUCC